GUUGACAACAAGGGCACCGAGGACCAAUCACCCUUGCCAGGGUCCCUGGGAAGGGAUAUGUCUCCUGCCAUGCCCACACCUCCUUCCAAUGCGACUGUCUCUGCAAUCCCCAAUGCGGCACUGGGACUGACUCUGCUGUCGCUGGCAAUGGUCAUAGGGCUGCCAGGGAAUGCGUUUGUGCUGUGGAGCUGUGUCAUCACGCGUCGCCGCAGCAUCCCCAUGCUGCUGGUGGCCCAUCUGGCUCUGGCUGACGUGGCCACACUGCUCACCGGCCCUGUUUACAUCCGAUUCCUCAGCACUGGCCACUGGGACCUGGGCCCGGCUGCGUGCCGUGGUUGCAACUACAUCUGUGCAGCCGCCAUGUACACCAGCGUCUUCCUCAUCGCGCUGCUCGGCCUGCACCGCUGCCUGGUGGUGUCCCGGCCAUCAGCAGCGGUGCUGGCAGGUGACCGUGCCACCCAGCUGGCCCAUGGGGCUGCUGCCAUCACUUGGCUGGUGGCUUUGGUGUUGGCCACCCCUUCUAUUGCUUUCCGGCACGUGGAGAAUGGGAUGUGCAAGCGGAACCACAAUUCCACCGCUUGGCUGGUAACCCACAACCUGCUGGAGACAGGGCUGGGCUGGGCUGUGCCACUGACUGCCGUGGCCCUUGGUUAUGGGCUGCUGCUGCGGCGGCUGCGGCGGACGCGAUUGGCACGGCGGGGACGCACGCUGCGGUUGGUGGCCGCCGUGGUGGUCGCCUUUGCCAUCACCUGGGGACCGUACCAUGUAGGCAGCUUGUUGGAGGUGGCAGCAGAGCUGCAGGGCUGCACUGGGACUCUAAGGAAGGUUGCCGAGGCCAUCCGGCCACCAGCCACUGCGCUGGCGUUCCUCAGCAGUGCCCUAAAUCCGCUGCUCUAUGCCUGCGCCGGGCGGGGACUGUGUCGCACUGCUUGGGCUGCACUCCUGCCCCGGCUCCUAGAGGGCUCCACAGCCUCCAGCAGUGCCCGUAGGACUGUCACCCACUGGGCCAGGAGCUCGCGGGGACAGCGGGAGAAUGGAGGCAAGGAGGUGGACAGGGAGGAUGUGGGGACGGGGGAUGGGAGGACAGUGGCAGAGGGAACAGUGACGGGCGAUGAGGGGACGGUGGUAGAGAGCACCGAGAUGGGGGACAGUGGAAGGGUGUGAUGGAUGGGAAGGCUUUUGGAUGGAUGUUGCUGUUAAAUUGUGGGGUGUCGUGGGGAGGGGUCCCUGGAGUACUCCAGGGUUGUAUUAGGGAUUCCCAGGGGUAACUGCGGGAGCUUUAGGGGGGGUGGCCUUUAGGGGUUAUUGGGAGAACCCAGGGGAUAUCAGGGAGUCUCAGUAUGUGGGUCUCAGUGAGGACACUCACAGAGGAGUUGGGAGAGCUGAAGGAUGCUGGGGGGCCUGAGGGUGUCCUGAAGGAUGUCCAGGAUGUCACCACCAGACACAGAGGUGUCCCCAUGGCAUAUGACAGGUGGCCGGAGGACCACAGGGUGUCAUCAUUGUGUCACUGGGAUGUCACAGCAGGGUCCCAGGAAAUUCGCUGGAAUGCCAUUGGAGUGUCCUCAGAGGUCUCUAUGGAGUGUCAUCAUGGGGUCAAAGCAGUGUCACAGCUGAUGGUGUCACUGCUGGAUGGGGCCACAUGUCCCUUUCCCUUGGCCACUCCAUCCUCUGGUGACAUCACUGGUGACUUCAUACCCUCCCAGUGGGCUCAGCCCUGCCUCCCAGGGUCAGUGAUGGCAACACCUGUGCCUGUUUGUGUUUUUACAGGAAGAAAAAAUAAAAUACAUAACUUCA